CCCACACUCAUGACAGCCCCAGAAAAGCAUGCUUGUCUACAACAGGUCAAUGAGAGCCCCAUCUAGCUCCUCCAAUGUAUUCACGAAUAUCCAAAGAGAACGCUAGUCCGUCAAAUAUGGCAGCACCAGCGGACCCGGGUCAUUCCUAACACCUCACGAUACAUCCCUUGCCCUUGUGACAAUCGGGGAGCGGAUGGCAUUACAUCCGCAGGUCCAGCGUGCCCCACGAUCUGGCCCUUCGUCCAGUAUAAAGAGGCUGUUGACAACCCUCUCAUCAUGGAAUGAUGACUACCAUUCUUCCGACGUUAUCUGCGAAUCCGGUACUCAUAUGUGUCGUGCUGCUGUGUCUGGUCCUCCUCCGUUCUUGGGUACGAGCGAGGGACCGACACCUGCCUCCUGGCCCAAAGCGACUUCCUAUUAUCGGAAACGUCCUUCAGGUACCGCUCGAGAGGCAGGAGCUUACUUUUGCCGAAUGGGGCAACAGAUUUGGGGAUGUCGUUUAUGCACGCUUGUUUCAUAAGCAUGUCAUUAUCCUCAACUCCGUACACGCUGCUCGUGAGCUGUUGGAGAAGCGUGGUGCAAUAUAUUCAGAUAGGCCCCGUUUUGUGAUGUAUGCCGAACUAAUCAAGGCUUUUCACCCGAAUCUUGUUCUCAUGAAGUACGGCGAUGCUUGGCGUCAACAGAGGAAGUGGUUCCAGGCGACUCUUUUGACCAGGACUGCACUCAACAGUUUCCAGCCAGUUCAGCGGCGAGAAAUGGUGCGGUUCCUCUCGGAAUUGAUUCGAACGCCUAAGGACUUCGCGUCGCACAUCAAGAGAUAUACGGCCGGCGUCUUGUUCGAGAUCAGCUACGGACAUACCGUCACGUCCGAUGACGACGAAUUCGUGGUCAAGGCAGACGAAGCCUUUACGGGAAUUGUUGAAGCCGGUGGAGCUGGCUCGACUUUGGUCGACUUCGCUCCCAUAUUGCAGUAUAUCCCAGCGUGGAUGCUAGGUGCAGGCUUCAAACGUCAAGCCUUGGAGAUCAGGCGGUCGGCAUUUGAAGCCAUGAACGUCCCAUUCAUGAGGGUCAAGGACGAGAUGGCACGUGGCGCCGCAAAACCAUCGUAUGUGAGUAAAUUGCUCGAGGAAACAUCCACCGGUCCUACCAGUGCCGAGGACGAAAUUGGUAUCAGGGCAGGCGCAUCCGUCAUGUAUCAAGCUGGUAUCGACACCACCGCUACAGCGAUCACGUCGUUUGUCUUAGCCAUGACUUUGUUCCCCGAUAUCUAUCGGAAGGCUCAGGAGGAGAUGGACGCAGUCGUCGGUCGUUCAUGGCUCCCAACCUAUACUGACAGACCGUCGCUGCCCUACUUGGAGAGCGUGUUGAAGGAGACGUUCCGCUGGGCCGCUCCCGCUCCUCUUGGUGUGCCUCACCAAGUCGCUGAUGAUGAUGAAUAUCGCGGAUACUACAUCCCUGGAAGAUCUAUGAUCAUAGCGAACAUUUGGGGUAUGACACGAGAUCCGGAAAUGUUUCCUGCGCCAGAGGUCUUCGACCCAGAACGCUUCCGCAAGACUCCCGCGGAUACGGAAGACAUACCCGAUCCUUCCACAUUUAUCUUUGGGUUUGGACGGAGGGUUUGCCCUGGCCGCAUGCUCGCUGACUCGAGCUUCUGGCUCAUUGCAGCGAAUCUAGUAGCAACGAUGGAUAUUGGAAGAGAACGCAACGAGGCGGGACAGGAGGUCAUCCCUGUCCCAGAGUUCAUACCCGGGGCCGUAAGACACCCGAAGCCGUUCCUCUGUAGCAUCAAACCUCGACACAGCAAGGUAUCUCAGCUGCUCUCCCAAGCCAGCAGCGAAACCAAGUGAGGGAUCGAGAUCAGGAUUCAACGCGCUGUACAUGCCUGCUAAAAGGCUGUUUGUUCGAAUUGUACGAAUACUUUUGUCUCGGUUAGGU